AUGUCUGUAUAUAAAUUAGUUGAUUUAAGUGAAUAUUGUAUUGCAAAAUAUUUUGAACAAAUUGUUCGUGAUCAGUUGACAACAAUUCGUCUAUUACCAGUUAAUUUAAAAGUUCGUCUGUUUUUUCUAUUAACUCAACGUGGUCUCAUUGAUGAUUCGAAUAUUCUUGUAUUAUUAAAUAGUCGUACUCAAGUAUUCGAUUUUCAUGAUUGUCAUAUAACCGAUGAAACAUUAUCAAUUAUGUCAAAAUGUAGUUUAAAUUCACAAAUUGAACGUCAACGACAAAUAUCAACAACAAUUGAUCAUCAAACAAUGCCUGUUCUUAAUCCAACUGUUGUAUAUAUAAAUGAUAGGAUAAGUGAUGAUGGAUGGAUUAAAUUUAUUCAUGAAUAUCUUAAUUUGAGAAAAAUACAUUUGAACAAUUGUCCAUUGAUAACAGAUAAAAGUUUAUAUUCAAUUGGUCAAUGUUGUCAUCGUUUAAUAGAAUUAGAUUUAAAUGGUUGUAUGAAUAUUAGUGAUGAGGGUAUUAAAGAAUUAAAAUGUUUACUUCAUAUCAAAUCUCUGGGAUUAGCGCAAACAUCAAUUACUGAUAUGGCUUUAUAUUCAAUAGGACAAGCUUCAUUUAAACAUAUGUUACAAGAAAUUAAUGUUAAACAAUGUCAAAAUAUAACGGAUGAUGGUUUCAUGUACCUAUUGAGCAAUUGUCCAAAUUUACGUACCAUUGGAUUUCUACAUUGUCCAAAAUUAACUGAACUAUCACGACAAAGUUUAGGACCACAUACGCAUCAAUUUUCUUAUGUAGUAUGGUCAAUUCCAGUUUAA